GUAGAAAGGGAGGUUGUUCACGCCAGAGAAAUCAUUCCAGGGAGUAAAACCCCAAAGGGAAGGAUCUAUAGGAUGGCUCCGGCCGAGUUGGAUGAACUUCGGCGACAACUGAAAGAGCUGACAGAAAAGGGAUGGAUCUGGCCAAGUACUUCCCCUACGGAUCUCCAGUGCUAUUUGUACCGAAGAAGGGGGUUACAUUGAGGAUGUGCAUUGACUAUAGAGGCCUCAAUGCCAUCACAGUGAAGAACGCAGAGCCUCUACCUCGCAUAGACGACCUAUUGGAUAGGGUGCAGAGAUGCAAGUACUAUAGCAAGAUAGAUUUAAAAUCCGGCUACCAUCAGAUCGCAAUAAGACCUGAGGAUCAGCACAAGAUUGCAUUUCAGACCAGAUAUGGUCUUUAUGAGUUUGUUGUGAUGCCCUUUGGCCUUUGUAACGCGCGGGGUACAUUCCAGCACGCCAUGAAUAGGAUCUUCCAUGACCAUUUAGAUAAGUUUGUCAUUGUUUAUCUCGACGAUAUUCUGAUCUUUAGUAAGUCUGUCGAAGAGCAUGCACAGCACGUUGAGACUGUACUCUCACUCUUGCGACAACACAAGUAUAAGGUCAACCUAGAGAAGUGUGAGUUCGGACGUACUAAGAUCUUAUAUUUGGGUCAUGAAGUAUCCGCGGAAGGGAUUAGGCCGGAAGAUGCGAAGGUGGCUAGUACUCGAGACUGGCCACGACCUCAGACUGACACUGAGGUCAGAUCUUUCUUAGGAAUGUGCGGCUACUACAGAAAUUUCGUAAAGAACUAUUCCACAGUCGCCUCUCCUUUGACAGAUCUAACUCGACUUGACACGCUGUGGGAUUGGAGUGAUGAGUGCGAGGGUGCUUUCAAACGACUGAAGCAUGCACUCAUGAAUCAUGAGGUUCUCAUGGUGCCCGAUCCUCAAAAGCCAUUCAUAGUGACCACUGGCGCAAGCCAAUACGACAUUGGCGCAGUGCUGGCUCAGCAGGAUGGGAAGAAGUUGAGAUCGAUUGAGUAUAUGAGCAAAAAGAUGCCAUCUAAGAAAUUGGCAAAGUCCACUUAUGAAAGGGAACUUUAUGCUCUCUACAAAGCCCUUGUCCAUUGGAGGCACUUCCUGCUGGGACGGUUCUUCUACUUGAGAACUGACCAUCAGACCCUCAAAUGGAUCAAGACUCAACCGGCUCUUUCAGAUGCACUCAAGCGCUGGAUUGAGGUCAUAGAUCAGUAUGACUUCAAGAUUGAGUAUUUGAAGGGAGAGUACAACAAGGUUGCAGAUGCGCUAUCUCAUAGAGCAGACUACCUAGGGGCGCUAGUUUCUGAGUUUGGUGUAUCUCAGGAAGUAACUCAAUCGUUGGUGGGAGCCUAUCAGGAAGACCCUGUCAUGAUGGACAUCAUGCGCAAACUUCAAGCAAAAGACAAGGCCACAAAAAGUGAGUUUGUGAUGGUGGAUGGGUUACCCUUUCUCGAUAAGGCUGGGUGUAAAAGGUUAGUAGUUCCAUCAAGUGAGAGUUUGCGUAGUUUAUUUCUAGGCGAAUGUCACGACGCAACUGGACACUUCGGCUACAAAAAGACGAGUGCCAAUCUGGUACAACGAUUUUGGUGGCCUGGAAUGCUAGAUGAUGCAAAGAAGUAUGUAGAGACCUGUCAGGUCUGUCAGCGGGAUAAGCCGCGAACUCAAGCACCGCUUGGGUUGCUGAAGCCCUUACCUAUCCCCGCUGGUCCGGGAGAGAGUGUCUCCAUGGACUUCAUGGACACCCUGGUGACCAGUAAGAGUGGCAAGAGACACAUCUUUGUCAUCAUAGAUCGAUUCACCAAAUACGCUAGACUAAUCGCCAUGUCAGAGACCGCAAGAACUGACCAUGUCAUCAAGUUGUUUAUGGACAACUGGGUGCGUGACUUUGGACUACCAAAGUCAAUCGUUAGUGACAGAGAUGUCCGAUUCACAAGUGAAUUAUGGAAGAAGACUGCUGAGCAGAUGGGCAAUCAACUUCAAAUGACUUCAGGGAAUCAUCCCGAAGCCAACGGACAGGCCGAGCAGAUGAACAGAGUUGUACAACACCUGCUGAGGCAUUACACCAAGCCCAAUCAGGAUGACUGGGAUGAGAAGUUGCCUCUCAUCGCCAGCCUGUACAACAACGUUGUACACAACAGUACCGGCGUUAGUCCUAAUCAGCUACACUUGGGAUAGAAGCCUAGAUCAGCUCUGGACUUCCUCCUACCUGAAAACCGACCCUCUGAAACUCCAGGCACACUUGAGUAUGGUGUGCACUAUGAG